AUGACGGCCUGCGGCCAAGCAGGCGCGAGGAAGGUCUCUGUGCGGUCGCGUCGCCGUCAGCAGGAGAAGGAACGCCUCGCCAACCGGCCUUUCGCUGUGUCUCCGCCGCCGCAACUCCGCCGCGGUCCGUCUGUUGGGUGGUUUGGGCAGCUGAGUACGAACUGCGGGAUGGCGUGCGGGCUUCUCCUUUUUGCUGUAUUCCUCGGUUGCCUGCCGUCGGUCGGCGGCACGGCAACCGUCCCCUUCAGCCGCACCGUCGUCCGCGGCCGCCACAUCCUCACGAGGAGGGAGUACCUCGACACCUUUGCUGGCGACACGGCUGGGUGGGCACAAUACAUGGAGGACCAGUACUUUGCCGAGCAGGGCGUGUCCCUCACGGACGACGCCGAGGAGCGAGCCAGGGACAACCCGAGGGAGACGGUCGGUCAGGCGAAGAGCCGGCUCUUUGACGCCCGAGUGCGUAAGCCAAACAAUCGUCCAACCGAGCUCAGCCAGGCCGCAAACCAGUCCCGAGUGCGGAGGAGGAAGGAGAGCUCCGGGCAGCGUGACAAGCACAGGGACGAUGAACGAGAGCGUCGGCAGACCAAAAGGGCGAGGCAGGCUGCCGCUCGCCCCGCCCGCCGCGCUUCCGAAAUACUCAACGGCUCGCUGCUGGUCGAGGGGAGCGACGUUGGCAAGCUCGCUCUCACAAAGGAAGAGCAGAGCACCUCCACCACGUGCGCUGGCUGUGGCGCCGAGCUGCUUCCGGGCGAGGUCACCUCGACCAACCCUACUUACGGCUCCAUAUGCUGCAAGAAGAACAAGGUCUCGCUCCCGCCCAUCUGCACGCCCUGUCCGGAAGUCACCAAAUUGUGGCACGAUGCUGAUGGCGUCGUCGGCAAGACACUUCGGAAGUUUGCCCGCGCCAUCAACAACACGCUAGCAUUCGCCUCGCAAAAGGUCAAGCGGCCGAACAAUCUUCCGGGCUCAAGCACGUGGAGUCCGACCGUCGUGAUCCAGGGCAGAGUCCACCACUUCAUCGGGUCCCUCGCUCCGAAUGACAACCAGUCGAAACAAUUCGUUCAGACGUACAUCAAUGACCCGUCCAUGAGCGAGUGCCAACAGAUCGACUAUCGAAUGGGCGCGAUCUACCUGCCAGCCGAUACGUCUCAAGCCGAGAAGGAACGUGUCCGUGAAUGCCUCGAGAUCAUGCAAAAGGCGAUCACCGAGCACAACCCGUACGUCCAAGACUUUGUCAAGGCGUACGAGCGUACGGGCGGCAACGAGACGAAGGCCAAGAUUGUCAUCAACGCCGACGCUCGUCCUCCGCCCCCUCCCGGCGACGGUCCUGCUACCUCGCACCCUCGGAGGUACAACGCGCCCAGUGACAAAACCUACGGCCGCCAAGAUUACGCCGAGGUGGCUGUUCUCAAGCCCGACGCCGAUGAGAAUGGCCGAGAUAUCGUGGUCAAGAUGCGGGGGGGCGCGCUCAAGACAAUCAACGAGACACAUCGAGGGUACGACCCACUUCACUUCGUCAUCCUCCAUCCAGCUGGCGACGACGGAUGGAAGAUCGGGAUGACCAAGACUGGCAGCAAGCAGUCCGUCAGUCCCUGCGACUUCUACGCCUAUCGUGAGUACGUAUGCAGCGCCUUUGCAAAGGCGGAGCAUUGCAGGCUGCAAUGGCAGCGUCACAAUCAGACAACUAUUCGGGCCGUGCUCUAUCAAAACCUCGUCGACCAUGUCGCAGCGGGGGACGCUGGCAAGAAAAUCGGCAAGCGUGUCGUUCUCAGCAGCAGCUUCGUCGGCGGCAAUCGAGAUCUGCACCGACGCUAUCAAGAUGCGAUGGCGGUCGUUCGCGCGCACGGUAAACCGUCCUUCUUCAUCACGUUCACGUGCAAUCCUAACUGGCCCGAGAUUGUCAACUCCCUCCCCAAGGGGCUCAAGGCGUGCGAUCGACCAGACAUUGUGAGCCGAGUCUUUCGUCAAAAGCUGAAUGAACUGCUGACCGACAUCAAAGAAAAAGCGAUCUUUGGGACCGCCAAUGCGAACCUUUCCGUCACCGAGUUUCAAAAGCGUGGGCUGCCGCACGGUCACAUCUUGUGUAUCCUCGAUAGCCAGUUCCGCCUCACCUGUGCCGACGAGAUUGACGACACCGUUCUCGCAGAGAUACCGCCGCUGCCAGUUGGCCCUCGCCCGAAUGACGACGAGCAGGCCAAAGCGUACGAUCAAGCCGUCAGGCUGCACGAGGCCGGUGGCAGCGAGGCAGAGAUUUGCUUUGCGCAUGGGCAGCUCUACGUCGCCGCGUCGCGCGUCGGGCAUCCCGACAACAUCCGGUUCGCCAUCCCUCCCCGUGCGGACGGGCGUCACGUCACCGCCAACGUCGUGUAUCCAGAGGUGCUCUCCGGUGCAGCGGGUGCGUCCUCCUCCCCGAACGCUGAUGUCGCUUGCGAGUGGGGCGAGUUUGACGACGAAAGCGGGCCGCCGCCGCCUCGCCGGCGUCCGCAUCGCGCCCUGUCCGCAACGGGCGUGCCGCCGCCGCCAAGCCUAGCAUGUGACUCAUAG